GUCGGUCGGCCCCACUCUCACCUCACUGUGCCGGUGGCCCAACAGUCCACUGCCCCAGCUCCAGACGCAAUGGCAACCAUCACGAAGGUGCACGCGCGCGAGAUCCUCGACAGCCGCGGCAAUCCCACAGUGGAGGUUGAGCUGACGACGGCCGAUGGCACCUUCCGCGCUGACGUCCCGAGCGGCGCUUCGACCGGCGAGAACGAGGCGAUGGAGAUCCGCGACGGCGGCUCGCGCUACCUGGGCAAGGGCGUGGCCACGGCCGUCGACAACGUCAUCAGCACCAUCGGCCCAGCCAUCAUGGGCAUGGACGCGCAAGACGUGGCGGCGCUGGACAAGGUGAUGCUGGACCUCGACGGCACGCCCAACAAGGGCAAGCUCGGCGCCAACGCCAUCCUCGGCGUGUCGAUGGCUGCGUGCCGGGCGGGUGCCGCCCACCGGAAGGAGCCCCUGUACGUCUUCCUUAACCGGCUCGCCGGCAGCCCGACGAUGGUGAUGCCGGUGCCGUGCUUCAACUGCAUCAACGGAGGAGUGCACGCGGGCAACUACCUUCCAUUCCAAGAGUUCUUCCUGAUCCCGCUUGGAGCCAGCAGCUUCAAGGAGGCGAUGCAGCUCGGCUCGGAAACGUACCACACGCUCAAGGGUCUGCUAAAGAAGAAAUACGGGCUCGACUCGACCGCAGUCGGCGACGAGGGCGGCUUUGCGCCUCGCAUAGACUCGCCGGAGGAGGCGCUCAAGCUGCUCGUCGAGGCCAUCGACGCGGCGGGCUACACGGGCAAGAUCAUGAUCGGCUCCGACCCGGCCUCCUCGGAGACCUACGACAAGGCCUCGGGCAAGUACAACCUUGACUUCAAGAAGCCCGAGGGCGAGCAGACGCCAGCGAGCAUCAAGAGCGGGGAUGAGCUGGUCUCCUACUGGGUCGAGAUGGCCUCCAAGUACCCCAUCGUACUGCUCGAGGACCCGGCCGAUGAGAACGACUUUGAGUCGCACGCCAAACUGACUGCACGCCUUGGCGGGGCGGUCGAGAUUGUGGGCGACGAUCUGUACUGCACCAACCCCGCCAUUGUUGAGCGCGGUAUUAGCUGCAAGGCGACCAACGCGAUGCUUCUCAAGGUGAAUCAGAUCGGCACCAUCAGCGAGGCGAUCGCGGCGUACAAGCUCUGCGUUGACCAGGAGUGGGGAGUUUUCGUCAGCCAUCGGUCUGGCGAGACGGAGGACUCCUUCAUCGCCGACCUCACGGUUGCUCUCGGCACCGGGCACCUCAAGACGGGCGCACCGUGCCGCUCCGAGCGGCUGUGCAAGUACAACCAGCUGCUCCGCAUCGAGGAGGACCUCGGCUCGAACGCAAUCUUCGCCGGAAAGGACUUUCGUAAGUCUGGGAGGUUCUAGGCACUCCUCGCCUGUGUCCAGUGGCAGUCCCCGGACCUAAUCCGAUGAGAGAGAAAGAGAUCUUAACGCGAGUAGCCGGACCUGAGUGAAGAACAGUCAGAAAC